AUGAGUAAAAGAAACUCCCCCCCCCCGGCCUUUCUGUUUCUACAGGUGAAGGCAGAGGUGGAAGAGAAAGAAGGGAAGACUUUUGAGGUCUUUGAUGCAGUGGAAUUUAAAACACAGUUGGUUGCUGGAAAAAACUAUUUCAUAAAGGUCCUAAUUGGCAAUGAUAAGUACCUUCACUUAAGAAUUUACGAAAGCCUCCCUCAUGAAAACAAACCCCCAGCACUCACCAGUUACCAGAGCAACAAAGAAAAGCAUGAAGAGCUCUCUUACUUCUAGAAGGCCAACUGGAAGUUUCUUUUCAAGGCAGUGUUUACUUUGCAAAAGCAAAACUCACUGUUCAUUCCUCUUACGGCUAUGAUUUAUUCCUGCAAUGUACCGAUGGUACCGAUUCCUGUGGCCUUCAGUAACAAUUAUAUCCACGAUAAUUAUUUUACAUUUGAUUUGCAUUUAUUCUCUCUGUGUUAUUUGGGGGAGGGGGGCCGUCUGGCACAGCCACCUCAGGGAAAAACAUCCUUCACUCUGAUUGUUUCUAAGCACUGCUCUCUUUUAUAUGCUUUUACAUAAAAAGCUGCCGUUUUGGCUAUAUGUGUGUUAUGACAAGGAGACUAAAUAGCAGUGACAGAGUGUCAAGUUCUGCACAGUGCUCAUUAACUCAACCUCUUUGAUGUAAUUCAAAUAAAGCUUUAUUUAAAUGAA